UCCGGACACUAUAGAUCCUUUUCACUAUAGGGAAACGUAAGGGUCUCGGCAUUUCUUCGGAAUUCAUGGGAACUUGAUACGAGAACCAUGCAGGGCGGGGCAAUCCCAGUUGCCUCACUCGGCUUCUUCGAAUCCCGAGUUGCGGGGUGCAGUUUUUCCACAAAUCCAGCGCUUUUCUAUCACCAUUUACACCCCAUCUUGCCCCCUUCUCGGAUUUUCCCAGUACUUGUUCGACCCAGAAGUACGCGUUUCCAAAGCGCGCGGGUGCAGUUUUCUGUCGGCGAAUAUGGCCAUAGCUGGCCAGGGGAGCCUGCUAUGGAGGAAGCACGGGAGGCUAUUAUGGAAAUACUGCGAGAGUAUGGAGCUUCAGAGGAUGAUACGGCGAGGAUCGCUUCGAAUUCGCCUCAGUAUUUGGAUAUGAUCGUGGGGAAUGUUCUCGAGUUGGAUGAGCAUUCGCUAUGGAGUUCGUGGGGUCCGGACGCGGAGGAGGGUGGGGAGGAUAUUGCUUCUCGUACUUUUAGAGAAAAGGUUCGCUGCAUGGCUAAGAGUAAGAGGGAUGGUGGAUUGUUGCCCUUUCUAGAGAGUAUUGGAGUGAGGAAUUCCUCUGCCAUGCUUAUUGCCAGAUAUCUGGUUUCUGAAAAACUUCCCGAUCUCAUUGAUAAGGUUAAAUUUGUGAAAGAAAUGUUAUCCUCAAGCAGUGAAAAUAUUUCAGUGGUCGGAAAGAAUGCUCGACGUAUGAUGAUGCAUUUAUCAAUUUUUGCAGAUGAUGAUAUCCAAGAGACACUAGCAUUUUUUGAAAAGAUGGAGUCUAGAAAUGGAGGUUUGAGCAUGUUGGACCAGGGAGAUACCUAUUUUGCACAUCUUAUUGAAUCUUUCCCAAAGCUACUUUUGUUAUCCAUUGAAAAUCAUUUGAAGCCUUUAGCUGAUUUUCUCUUGCUUGUUGGAGUCCCUAUGGCAAGCAUAAGAAGUGUCCUUUUGUUAUAUCCACCAAUCAUAUUUUAUGAUAUUGAGAAUGAUAUUAAAUCAAGGUUGGAUGUGUUGAAAAAGGCUGGUUUUGAGAAAGAUAUUGGCAAAAUACUUAUCAAGUAUCCAUGGUUUCUUUCAUCCAGUGUUCAGAAGAAUUACGAUAACAUUGUGGAGUUCUUCACUGGAAGAAAGGUUCGUAAGGCAAGUGUUGAUGUUGCAAUUAGAAGUUGGCCCCAUAUAUUAGGAUGUUCAACUCACAGAAUGAACUCAAUUGUUGUGCAAUUUGGUCAGUUAGGUGUUUAUGCUAGGCGGCUUGUUCCAGUUAUUACUUCAAGCCCACAAUUGCUAUUAAGAAGACCGGAUGAGUUUCUUCAGGUAGUUUCUUUUCUGAAACUUUUUGGCUUUGAUGAUAUAACCAUAGGGAGAAUUUUAUGUCGAUGCCCGGAGAUAUUUGCUGCUAAUGUGGAUGACACUUUGCAGAGGAAAGUUAACAUUCUGACUGAUUUUGGUAUUUCUAGAAAAUUUCUUCCUCGUGUUAUUAGAAAAUACCCUGAACUUCUUCUGUUGGAUGUAAACACCAGCUUACUUCCAAGGAUGAGAUAUCUGAUGGAUAUUGGGCUGUCGAAGGAAGAGGUUUCCUCCAUGGUCUCCAGAUUUUCUCCUCUAUUAGGAUACAGUAUUGAAGCUGUUUUCAAACCAAAACUUGAAUUCCUGCAGACAAUUAUGCAGAAGCCUUUAAAGGAGAUUGUGGAAUAUCCACGUUAUUUCAGCUAUAGUCUGGACAAAAAAAUAAAACCAAGAUUCUGGGUACUGAAAAGCCGAAACAUCGCAUGCAGCUUGAAAGAUAUGCUUGGAAAAAACAAUGAAGAAUUUGCUGAGGAGUAUAUGGGAAUUGGAAGAUUAUUAGUCCCACCUGCACCUGUUCCUCCUGAAGUUGAUCAAUAGAGAAAGGAUAUGAGUUUGGCUCAUCUUUCUAGAUUUAAUAUAACGGCUACUUGUUCAAACAAAGCACUGAUGUGUCUAAAGUCGGAGAACAAAGACGACGUGGAAUUUUGUCUCUGGAAGAACAGCACAGGUCAAAUUUAAGCAAUCUCUGAGAGUUAAGAGGAUUUUAUGUGGUCAGAAAUGGAGCGAGUAUUACAUGCGGUAUCUGUAUGUGUGGAUCGGUGUAUUAAGCUGGUAUCCCCGAAAUACUAUCCCAUAUAAUCGGCAAUUAGCUUGUCCGCACGUAAUAUUUUUACAAUAGUUCAUGAGUUUGAGCUUUAAGAGAGCCUGGAGUCAAAAAUGUGUCGUCUCUGCCUCUCUGUUUACAUGCUUUUUAUUUAUGGAACCUUAAUAUAUUUUUUAAAAAAAUUCAAAAUAUAUAUUAAAAUGAUGAAGUUCAGCUGUUUGUAGUGACAGUUUAGAUAGAAUUGUAUCCAAGUCUUUUCAUUAAUGAUAAGAUGGACUCUAGUUAUGAAUUUUUAUGGGCAACUGCUUCAUUACUGUAGCUCUCGACCUCUAGCAAGAUUU